CAUUUGGCGAGUUUUUCAAUUUGAAUACUUCAGUACUAAUAUCAAAUUAUCAACGGUUGUUUUAGUACUUUGUUUGAAAUAAAAAUUCAAACUUUAAUUUGUAUCAUAUGUUAAGUUCUUUACCUCGACCUAUCUGAGUGAGCAUCUAUCGACGUAGUAAACCAAAUAAGUGGGACUAAAUUUUGCCAAUUGGUCGGUUCAUCGUAAUUGUUUUGUGCCAUCACUAAGAAAUUUAUUAAUUGUACUCGUCAAGAUGGUUGCUGUGUUUACGUUCACGAGAAGCGACAACGAUAUUCUUCAGGAAUUACUGCGUGUGUUCAGUUCUGGGCGUUGCACAGCUAGAGAGCAAUGGAGUAUGCAGGCCGAACUAUUAGUAGAGCCUGUUGGAUGGGAUGCUCUGUGGAAAUUGUCAAAGGAUUUCUGUAAAAAAUUUGAAGUGAGAUAUCCCUGUGUUGCAUACAUCACAGUAAUGUCAGUGAACUUUGAGGAUCUCUCUGCCAAUGUGGAUGUGCUGAGGGUUCAGCACGAGGCUGUGUCUCUACCAGAAAGUAUUGUUAGUGUGCCAUUGAUAGAAUUGUGGCCAACAAUUAAACAGAGGGAGCAGUGCGUUAAUGCAGCAAGCACAGCCGAGUUUAUAGAUCUUAUGAGAUUCUUUUACGAUAACAUAUGGAUGCCAUGGGACGAUCAGGAUGAUAAAGUCCUUCUACCAAACACCAUAGAGGAUCGUAUGAAUCUGUGGAUGGAGUUGCACAAUGGCACCAUACCAAACUACAUUGCGAGAUCUAUCACCUUGCUGAGAACUAGUGCUAUCAAUGCUCAUCAGAAGUUACAGGAACUCGAUUCAUCUCUAUGCGAAGGAGAUUUUGCUGAUGAUGAUGAUUCCUUGUUACCACCAAACUACAUAUCGCUCUGUGCUGAAUUAAAUGCGAGAUUAGACGGGCUGAUGUCAAAAUGGACAUUAUAUGAAAAUCCUCUCAUCAGGGAGCAAUAUUUGGUUAAAACUAUGAAAAAGUAUCAAAGGAAUAAGAGCAAAAAGAAUGUGAUAGCUCUGUGGCAAGGAGGUGAUAUAGCAGAAUUCAAGAAUAUCACAAAAUUUCUAGAAACGAGAGUCACGUAUGAUCACACACUGACAAUAACGAUGUCAGCUGAAGAAGCAUUAUCAUUAGAACCAAACGAAGUAGUUGUAUGCAGCAAACAGUAUGAGAUACCUGAAAUAUCAUUGUCGCAAAUAACUUUGUGUAGUAUAGGCGGAGCUACUUUGAAGGCAUCAGAUAUGAGAUCAUGUUUAUUAAUGUUGAGUGAUGUAUGCCAGAUACAAGACAUGACGCUACACUGUUCUUCUGUUAAUACGGUCAUAGUAAUGCUUUCUGGUACGCUACAAGUCAAAAAUUGCAUGCUUCUAGAUGAUUCAAGUAAUUUCCAGAGUGAUUUUGCUCAAGGUAUUGUUGCAAUGUCUGGUGCGAAAGUUAUAUUAGAAGAUUGUACAUUUGAAAAUUUCUACUCUGGUAUUGUAAUUCAUAAAGGAGCUCAGAUGGAACUUCGAAAUUGUUUAAUAAAGAAGUGCGGUGUUGGCAUACAAAUGUAUUCCGGGGCUCAGGUUAAGUUGGACGGUGUCAUAGUUGAGGAAUGUACAGAACAGUGCAUACGAUGUGAAAUGGAAAACGGAAUUGUUAAGACUGAAAUGGAUGGCCUCGAAAUGAUAAAUUGCAAGAUUGGUUCCGGUGAUCUACAGAAAGAAAUCUAUGUUACACAAGAUGUCAAUAUGUAAUGAGGUGUUAAGACUUAAUUUACCGUAUUUUAGUUAAACAAAACUCUUAAAUAAUAUUCCGAACUUAAUAAUUACCAUUAUAUCUAUAUUUUAAUUACAUUAUUUUUAGUUGAUGUCUGGGUAAUGUUAUUUUAUAUGAUGUAACAAAGGUGCUUAAUUAUUUUUCUUAUAUGGUAACAUUUUAUCAUUUUACUAACGGCAACUAUGUUUCUGACUGUAUGUUUGUCCUUGUGCUUUUGUGUAACAUCUCGUAAAGUAUAAACUAAGUAAACAAUAAUAUUGUGAUGUUCAAGUGUUUGAAAUGUAUCUGAGAAUUCUUUUGAUAAUUUUAUAUUCGAAUAGAUAGUUGCAAGCAUUUUUCAUAUAAAUUUAAUUAUUUUUACAGCAUGAAUCAUAGCGGUUAUUAAUAAAUUAGUUGGUUAAUUAUAAAUAUUGAAUUCUUUUGAUGGAAUUGAGACGCUGACAUAUUUUUAUCCCGUCAAUGUUAUCUGGUGACCAACCACAAGUUGUCACAUUCACACUACAUAUGGAGAGUUUGUAGUUUAACAUUCAUAAAGUUACACAUAUAGUUAAUUUGUUAUUGAACGAGUAACGGAAAACGCUUCGAAUGUAGCGUGAUUGCAAACUUGUGCUAAGCAUAGUGGUGAUGUAACGCCGGUACUCAACUUUAACGCGAGCUUUAAUUUAUUUAGUUUCCGGCAGGGGGACGCCAUUUUGUUUUUUUUUUUAAUAAUUUAAAUAUUUAGAGGCGUAUGAAUGUUUUAUUAAUAAAUAAUUAAUAUUA